AUGAACAAAAAUGGAACAGCUAAAAUGAAUGAUAAUCAAAUAAGAGCCGAAGGUAGAAGGUUAUUUAAACGCUUCUAUAACAUUCCUGAUGGUGUUAAUCCUAAAACUCGUAGAAGUUAUUUAAAUGAAGCCAUAGAUGCAUAUGAAGGAUUUGACAUUUCAUCAGAAAGUGAGAGGUUAGCAAGAAUGUUAAACGUUAAUAUUGAUUUUUAUUAUUGUGACCCUCAACCAGAAGACGUAGACAUUAACAAGGUAGACUUUCCAUUAGUGGAAUCAAUAAUGAUAGAUCCAGAAUUUGAAACAGUAAAUAUUUUAUUAACACAGAGUCCAUGUGGAAAACUUCACGCUGACAGAAUAACAGACGUUGAAGCACUCACAGGAUAUAAAGUUUGCCCCUUUUGCAAAGAAGAAGUAUAUUCUAUCCGUGAUGAUCCAGAAAGGAAAAACCAAAGAAGAUUUUUAAAACAUUGUGAGAAAUGUAAAGAAAAUAAUGGAAGAUUAAUUCAAGACGUUCAAUUGCAAAACACACAACAACCAUAUGCACCACAUAUCACGAAACAGAAGAUAUAUCAAUGGCUAUUAGCACAUAAUUUGCAGGAAUAUUAUAAACCAACAAGAUAUUAUAUUACUUUUGACUUCGAAACAUUAGAGACUAAAGAAGAACUUCAACUUUCUGAAUGUGCAACUUUGAAUGCUUACUUAAAACCAUUCAUGGUAUCAUCAACUGUCAAAAUAAAGCCGCAAAGCGGCGAGGUCGUAGACUGUGAUAAAACAUAUACGAGGAAUUUUUGCUUAACUUCAAGUGAUUCUUUUAUUUCUGAUUGGAUUGAGUUUUUAUUUUCAACCUGUUCAUUAGUUGCUAA